CUCUGUGGGCCGUUAGCUGUCAGGAGCCUAGCAGCCGGCGACCAGGACCCGGGAUCCGACGUCUGGACCCAGGGGUCUGAGUCCGGCGCAGCGACAUCGGCGGACAAGCGCCUAGAGGCCCGGGCUGCCUGCCAGGUCGCAGAGGCGAGCAGGGACCUGUGGGGCAGUUGUCCGCGCAGGCAAGAUGGGGAACCGGGAGAUGGAGGAGCUCAUCCCGCUGGUGAACCGUCUGCAGGACGCCUUCUCGGCGCUGGGACAGAGCUGCCUGCUGGAGCUGCCGCAGAUUGCCGUGGUGGGCGGCCAGAGCGCCGGCAAGAGCUCGGUGCUCGAGAACUUCGUGGGCAGGGACUUUCUUCCUCGAGGAUCAGGCAUUGUAACUAGACGACCUCUUGUGCUCCAGCUUGUGACUUCUAAAGCAGAAUAUGCUGAAUUUCUACAUUGCAAAGGAAAAAAAUUUACAGAUUUUGAUGAAGUUCGCCAUGAGAUUGAAGCCGAAACAGAUCGAGUGACUGGAAUGAAUAAAGGCAUCUCCUCUAUACCCAUUAAUUUACGAGUCUAUUCCCCACAUGUGUUAAAUCUAACGCUGAUUGACCUACCUGGAAUAACUAAAGUGCCUGUGGGAGACCAGCCCCCAGACAUUGAGUAUCAGAUCAGAGAAAUGAUUAUGCAGUUCAUCACGAGGGAGAAUUGUCUAAUUUUGGCUGUCACCCCAGCCAACACCGAUCUUGCAAACUCAGAUGCACUGAAGCUCGCUAAAGAAGUUGAUCCUCAAGGUCUGAGAACCAUUGGCGUUAUCACCAAGCUGGAUCUCAUGGAUGAAGGAACAGAUGCCAGGGAUGUACUAGAGAACAAGCUGCUGCCUCUUCGCAGGGGCUAUGUGGGGGUGGUCAACAGGAGCCAGAAGGACAUAGAUGGGAAGAAGGACAUUAAGGCAGCCAUGCUGGCAGAAAGGAAGUUUUUUCUUUCUCACCCAGCUUACAGACAUAUUGCUGAUCGUAUGGGGACCCCACACCUUCAGAAGGUCCUGAAUCAGCAACUUACCAACCACAUUCGAGAUACCCUGCCAAACUUCAGGAACAAACUACAGGGACAGCUGCUCUCCAUAGAACAUGAAGUAGAAGCCUACAAGAACUUCAAGCCGGAAGACCCCACAAGGAAGACUAAAGCCCUGCUGCAGAUGGUUCAGCAGUUUGCUGUGGACUUUGAGAAGAGAAUUGAAGGGUCAGGUGAUCAGGUAGAUACACUGGAGCUUUCAGGCGGUGCUAAGAUCAAUCGCAUUUUCCACGAACGCUUUCCCUUUGAGAUAGUGAAGAUGGAGUUCAAUGAGAAAGAGCUGCGAAGAGAAAUAAGCUAUGCAAUCAAAAACAUACAUGGCAUCAGGACAGGGUUGUUUACUCCAGACAUGGCAUUUGAAGCAAUAGUCAAAAAACAGAUUGUAAAACUGAAAGGGCCUUCCUUGAAGAGUGUAGACCUGGUAAUGCAAGAAUUAAUCAACACUGUGAAGAAGUGUACCAAAAAGCUGGCAAACUUCCCCAGACUUUGUGAAGAAACAGAAAGGAUCGUUGCUAACCACAUUCGUGAGAGAGAAGGGAAGACCAAGGACCAGGUACUGCUCUUAAUUGACAUUCAAGUCUCUUACAUCAACACCAACCAUGAAGACUUUAUCGGCUUUGCAAAUGCUCAGCAGAGGAGCAGUCAGGUUCACAAGAAAACCACAAUUGGAAAUCAGGGAACCAAUCUUCCGCCUUCAAGGCAAAUUGUGAUUCGUAAGGGCUGGCUGACCAUCAGCAAUAUUGGCAUCAUGAAAGGAGGCUCAAAGGGAUACUGGUUCGUGCUUACAGCAGAAAGCUUGUCCUGGUACAAAGAUGAUGAGGAAAAAGAAAAGAAAUAUAUGCUUCCGUUGGAUAACCUGAAAGUCCGAGAUGUGGAAAAGGGCUUCAUGUCUAGCAAGCACAUCUUUGCACUCUUUAAUACAGAGCAGAGGAAUGUAUACAAAGACUAUCGCUUCCUGGAGCUGGCGUGUGAUUCCCAGGAGGAUGUGGACAGCUGGAAAGCAUCUCUAUUAAGAGCUGGGGUCUAUCCUGAUAAAUCUUUAGGGAGCAACAAAAAUGAAAAUGAUGAGAAUGGCCAAGCAGAAAACUUUUCCAUGGACCCACAAUUGGAAAGACAAGUGGAAACCAUCCGCAACCUCGUAGACUCCUACAUGUCAAUUAUCAACAAAUGUAUUCGAGAUCUAAUUCCGAAAACGAUAAUGCAUCUUAUGAUCAAUAAUGUUAAAGACUUCAUCAACUCCGAGCUCCUAGCACAGUUAUAUUCUUCUGAGGACCAAAACACUCUGAUGGAAGAGUCAGCUGAGCAGGCUCAGCGUAGAGAUGAGAUGCUCCGCAUGUACCAAGCUCUGAAAGAAGCCCUUGUGAUCAUUGGUGACAUCAAUACAGCCACUGUGUCUACCCCAGCUCCACCUCCGGUAGACGACUCCUGGCUCCAGCAUUCCCGCAGGUCACCUCCUCCGAGCCCUACCACCCAAAGGAGGCCGACUCUAAAUGCUCCCCUGACAAGGCCCACAUCUGGCCGAGGACCAGCUCCUGCUAUCCCCUCUCCGGGCCCCCACUCAGGGGCUCCCCCAGUCCCAUUCCGCCCAGGCCCAUUGCCUCCUUUUCCCAACAGCAAUGAUUCCUUUGGAACCCCUCCACAAGUUCCAUCCAGGCCCACUAGGGCCCCACCCAGUGUUCCAAGCCGGAGACCACCCCCAUCACCAACUCGUCCCACUAUAAUCCGUUCACUAGAAUCCUCCCUGUUAGACUAAAUGAAGUGUCUAGCAUGGCAGUUAAUCGCUAAUUUGUGUGAAAGCAGCAUAUUUGGUAACCACUGCAGUAAACCAUGAGUAGCCGCAUGUAUGAACACCAAUAGGCAAGUAACCAGUUUUACUAAUACAUUCAUCGCUCAUCUUCAUUGCUCAUGGUACAUCAGACCUUUGGGUUUGACUCUUAAAAACUGCUAACCUAUAGAGGAUUAGUAUGUUGUACUGACCAAGGUAGUUUUGUAUAGCAGUCCUAUGCUUUGAAACCAUUUAUCUACCCAGCAUAUAUUUAAAUUUACUUUGAAAGACUUUUCCAGGCUAUCUACAAAGAAGUUCGUAAGAAAGAUUUCUUAACAGCUAUGAUAGUUUAAAGCUGAACAUCUCUUCCCCCACAUCCUGUUUAGGGUGGCAGAAAUUCUGUCGUCUGUUAUUAACUAACACUAUCACCUACUCCAUAAUUAUAUAUUUAGUUCCUUUUCCUUCUUUAUUUAAUAAGACUGCUAGGAAGUGAUAUUUUAAAAUUAGGAUUCCCCAAGAUGAAAACUUUUCAAGGAGCACAGGGUAGUUUGCAAAGGCAAAGUCUGCACCGCUUGCUAGCAAGCUUCUCUUUCUGCCAGUGUGCUGAAGCUCAUGCUGGAAGCACACACAGCAGGGCAGUAAAGCGUGGGUGUUCUGGUAAUCAGCUGAUAGACUUGGCUAGUUUCAGAGUUUAAGGAAGAAGCAAAAUCCCACCAUUCUCAAAGCAACUGGGAAAAUAGAAUUCAUUAGCUUAUAUAUUCACUCCUUUGUAGGAUAUGGUGAAGGAAGGCAGCAUAGGAAAAUAUUUAAUUUUUCAAGUUGAUCUUAUUUUCUGACCUGGAUAACUGUACUUUCAUACUAACUCCAGUUAAUUAUUACUAUUAUCUUGGCUGGAGCAAAAAUAAAUCUAUGCUAAUAUGCAAUUCAUAUUGUUUACAUAUAAAUAAUUAUAUAAGAAUCCCUUUAAGACUCAUUUAGUGCAAGUUUCUAUCCAUUCUAGACUUUUUUAAAUCCUGAGAAUUAACAUGACCUAAUUAGAUUGAAAGAAUGGUCCCUGAAAUAGAAAGGAAAGUUGUCAGAGAUGCCAUGGUUUAAGAGCACAGCUCACACGUUUACAGAUGCACUGUGCCAGGUUGCUCCCGAAAAUGGCUUUGAACUGCUAGGCUGCAAAACAGAUUUGCAAUUUCUAGGAUUUCUAGAAUUUACAAGAGCAGUUUGGCCUGGAGGUUAAUAGUUCAGUCUUGAGGCUAAGUUCUGAACUACCUAUGACCAGAUGAUUAACAUGUAGGAAAGAGCCAGAAGCCAAAUGGAAUUCUGUCUGCUAACUGCUCCCAGACAGCAGAGCAAGCAUUUGCUGAAUUGUGGCGUCCAGUAUCAUUCCAUAUUCCACAGAAGUAAAUCAGCUUUUACUAACUGCAGUGCCUCCCCUUGAAAGCAGCAAACAUGAUUUGUAUGAGAACUUAACUUUAAUUUCCUGUGUAGUUUAUACCCAAAGCAGAUACCCAUAAACUAUGAAGUAAAAACCUUUAACCAUUAUUAAAAAAAAAAAAAAAAGAAAAAGAAUUUUCCAAGUCAAAUGGCACUUUAUUGAACUUAUUCUAAUGGGUUACAGCCCAUUUAUAAUUGGAACAAAUUAGAAAAUAUGAGACUUACAAAAACAGCAUUUCAAUUUUUAAAGUUAUAAGUGAUAAAGAACAUUACCACUGUAACAUUUCUCAUAUCUUCAUUUUUUCUUCAUUGGAAAAAUACUUAACUCUUUGUGAAUGGAGCUCAUCUACAAGAUGCACAUUUGAAAACAGUAUCCCAACUAAAUGGAAAAAAUGUCAAGCAAAACUUCAUAGUUAACCAACUAAUCUGCAGCGAGAUCUUCACUCAAAACGUCCUCUUUUUAGGAUUCCCUUUGCUUCUUCCUUUGAAUACUCUCAAAUAGGCAGCUAACAAAUUAUAUACUUCAGGGUUUGGCUUUGUACUUACUGUGGUUUUGCAUUUUGCUGUAUUUCAAAUUUUUCCUUCUGUUAGGGGAAAAUAUUGCAGAAAACCGCUGGUGUGUUCUCGGAUCAGCACAAACCAAUGUCAAAGAAAAUUGGAGAUUUUUUUCCAAGUUUCUUUCCACUGAUUUUAGGCAGUCAUAUACAAUGGCAUCUGUCAUCUUUGGCUUUUGCUUUUGGACGACAGUCCCACAGACACACUGUCUCAGUCGUCCUCCUUUGUUGGUACAGUUUUGUUCUGUUUUACUCCUAUGAUCUAUUUGGUGUCACCCAGCACCUUCCCCUGCCCCCCCCCCACCAUCCCUACCCGGAAUUUCAGCAGUGUCAUUCCAGAAUAUUUUCAGUUUGCUGCAGUUAGAAGGGUUUACAUCCUGCUAACAGAAGAUACCAACAUGAAUGAAGUCAGAAGCUCUGGAGUUUGUGGGGGCAGCGUGCACACAGGCCUUAAGACAGGAAUAGAGCUUGAAGAGCUUUCUGGCUCCCAUUCCAAGUUUCAAUCUCUUGCUCAACUUCUUCCUAACAGAUUAAUGUUACCAACAUAAUAGAUGUAGCUUCUUCUUGUCUAGCAUAAUAAGAAAAAAAUCAGUGUGUUUAGGGUUGAAAAAAAUAACCGUACAUGUUCGAUGAGUAAAUCUAGUUUUACUUUCACAUGUUAAAUCUCGCAUGCACGUUGGAUAACUGGACCAACCAUUUGCUCAAUUGUGGACAGAUUUUGAACAGUAUUGAUUUAGAACAGGUAGUAUUGCAGUUCCAAACCUCAUCUACCAAGCAGUCCCUCUGAGUAUAUUGCUUUUAGUGUGUUUUAUAAGAUAGAAGAGCAGUAGGCCUGUUUAUUGGCAAUUUCACUGUUGAGAUACAAAUUCAUUCUAUCCAAAAAUAUAACAAAACUAGUACCUGUGAUAUAAGCCUUCUGUAUUUAGAAUUAAAAUGUAGCCACAUAGAUUAAUUUUGUGAUGUUUUGGUAUAGACUGUAGUCAUAACGUGAGAUGGGACCUAAUACCAGUAUGUGCAAGUGCUGUCAUUUUCUGUGUAUUCAUUUUCUCUGCAUGUUUCUGUGAAUACACGAUAUACAGAGGAAAUUUGUUUCUGUAAGUACAUGUAUUUUCUGUCCCUUUGAGUAAGUAGGUUCAAAAGCACCUGUUAAAAUGUCACAAGCAUGAGUGUGAUUGUAUGUGCAUUGUGUAUAUACAUGUAUAUGUAUGGGUAUAAAUAUCAAUGUAAACAUGUUCAGUAUGUAAGAAUAUGAACAUAUUUUUUAAAUUAUGCUAGCAUACGAUAUAUGUUGGGAAGAUCUGCCAUAAUAUGCAUAACAUACAUGAGGCAUACAAAAAUUUCCUAACUGCAUACUGAAUUAUUCUCAGAGGCACAAAGCUUGUGAAACCCAUGAUAAAAUAAUGUCCACAGACAUCUGUAUUGAAACACCCAGGAUCGCUGCCUAUGAAGGAAUUACCAUUAGUGGUAGUUUGACAAAAGGUUAUGAGAUCUGAAAAACCUUUCUUCAAGGUCUCUAGUUAAGAAUUAUGAUAUAUUGAAUUCCUGAACUAACUUAAAAAGCUAAGUAUAGUCAUUUGUUCUUUACAUGAAAGGUAAAAGGUAUAUAUAUAUAUAUAUAUAUUCAGUAACACAAUAAAAGGAAUGGAUUUUUCUGAGUAAAAUUGUCAACAGUGCAGGGGAUAGGUUACUUAGUUCCUUUAAGGCAGGUCAUCUACUCUUUUGAGCAAAAAUAUUGCAUUUGAUAAACAGUGUAAUUUAAAUUGAUAGGAAUCUCCUUAGGAUGAAGAAUAAAAGCCCAAAUGGGUCUCUGAAAUGUCUAACUUGGUGACAGAUGAUGAUGUAUAAAGACUGAAGCCAUGAGUUUUAUAUCAUUUCACCUAGAGGACUACCAGCUAUGAGCUCAGAGUUCAUGUGAAUGAAGCCAGACAUUUUUAGAGAAAUAAUCAAUAGUUCACCAGAUCAAACAAACAGUUCUUUCUAAAGAACUCAAGUCUGUCUUCUAGAUAAUAUUAGUCAGUCCAUCUAGUUAAGUUGUUUAAAAUGAUGUAGUGCUCUGUAUGUGAAACUAUAAGAAUAUUUUUGAAAUGUACAUAGUAUAUGCACAGCUAUUUGUGUACAUAUGCAUAUAUGUAAGAAUGUGUACGUGUGAGAAUGAGAGCCAGGAACCUCAAAGAAUCUCCUGUUUAAGACAUGUUCAUACUGGUAUAUUGGUGAGAAGUCUCACCUCACUGAUCAAGGGUUUCACAUGUGGCUCACCUCCAGACAUUGAUUUCUUUGUAAUCUUUCCCUUUAAGUUCCUUCAACUUUGGUCAUAAAGUAAUGUUUUCAAAUUAUAACAAAAGCUACUGUCCUAUAUUGACUGCUGCGAAUAUUUGAAAAUAACUUCUCUCAAAUCAGAAACCCCACCACUGUUCCUUAUACGUUAUUUCAUAUGUACUUUCGUUUCGCUCACAUGUAUAUGUUCCCUUUCUUUCCCUGUUCUGAAUCAAACUUCUCUUUUACUUUUCUAUGAAUGAUGAGUACAUAAAAGUGAAAUCUUGUCUUCUUUGUUAAUUCUUCAAUUAAUGAGCCAGAAUACUGUCCACUGUCUUUUUGGCAUUUUUGAGAUUUCUUAAAAUGCUGACAAUAUGGAUUCUAGGAAUGGAACUUUUGAAUUCCUAAAGCCUGUAUCAUCUUUGAAGGUCUCAUUGUGAAAAUGUGAAACUGUGUUUCUGAAACUGAAAUAAAUUAUUACA